CAUACAGAUUGAGUGGGCUGCAGCAGCAAGUGUGAUGACAAUGCUGUUCUUCCCCGGAUGUACGUUACGUUUGGAUCCAAACGUGCUACCUGUGUACUGAGGAUUUUAAAGAUCCUAAAGGGUUAAAGAGUACAUUCGACAAAACAGGACCACCGAUUAACAAAUAAUUGUUUAGUCAAUGGAUCAUGGGCAGUGAAGAAGUUUGGGAAAUGAAAGAAACAGUACUGAAUGACACAACACCCAUGUUGAAUAAAGUGUGUGAAACAGAUGGCACUAGAAGAGACACUCGCGUGGCCAUUUAUGAUGAUAACACGAGAGGAGACGAGGAAAGGAGUUAUGUUCCUGCUUCCGGAAAUGAUGUUAGGUACAUCGACUGGAGCAGAAGACGAAGUUCGGCAAUGUUCGAUGAAAAACCUUUGUCUUUGAGAGAGCACGAAAGGCGGUACAAUGAAAGAUGGAAGAUGUUCAAUCACAACCGGUACGCCACUCGAAAGACAGCCGCUCAGGGAAUGAUGGACAUGGCGUUGAUGUUAGCCAAUGCCUCUCAGCUCAAGUCCGUCGUCCAGGAAGGGCGGAGCCACGAGCACUACCUCCUGCUGCUUACGCUCAUCUCCACAUCCAUUUGCCUGCAGAUUUUCACGGGAAUCAUCCUCCUCGUGGUAGGAGCCCGGGAAUCUCAGUGUGAGGACGAUCAGCAUCAGCGCAACAAGAAAACCAGCAAACUCAACAACUUCUCAAUCGGCCUCGUUUUCGUCAUCACCGUCACUAACAUUUUCAUUACGUCAUUCGGGAUUAACGGAAACACCUCGUCACUCACUACUUCCGGUUUGGGGUCGGGUGAAUCCCGUGAUGCCGUCGGAGGGAUUGGAAACGGAACCGAUUAGUAAACAUAGAUAGACGCCAAGUGAUGAAAACAUGGUAAUUGUUGUUUUGGUGUACGGCGUAUUAAAUUUAGAUCUCAUUGAGAUUUUCAUGACGAAGCUUGUAUUACAUGGAGCAAAAAGAAGCAGAGGUCUACAGCUUACGGUUCCCGCUAUAUCCAGACGACGGCCACAAUCAAGUGACGUUAAAUUAACCAUGGGGUACAAACAUGCUUCCUCAUUUCUACCGUGUUAUUCUUCUAUACAUACAGUGGAAUUUAGACUCAAACCAUUAACAUAAAAGCCAAGUCUUUGUUGAUUAGAGGAAGGAGCCUAUAUAGAUUCUUCGCAGCAUUUCUAUGUAUAUAUUCAUUUGACAGGUGUUUCACGCUGUGGUUAAGAAUUUUUCACUUAAUAUGUAUGAUGGCGGUGAGAUGGCAACAUGUGUAUGCCAUGAUCUCUGUUAGCUGUGAUAUGGUAUAAUGUAGACAUUUUCUGUCCAUUACACGGCAUAUAUCAAGCGCCUAAUGUCUUAGUUAUUGAUUGACAGGAUUUCAUUCAUUUCACCUUUACUGUUGUGCGAAUUUACCGAUAAUCGUGUUUUAUUUGUUGUGAUAGUGCUAAAUAUAUUUUGUUAUACAUGUCAUCAUC